GGAGAAAGAUGGCGCCCACACACGUACUGAGAUGCUGUCAACGGGGUUUAGCAUGGAUACCUGUGAUUUUUAUCGCCCUGGUCGUCUGCUGGUCGUAUUACGCGUACGUGUUGGAGCUUUGUAUAUUCACCAUCCCCAGUAUAGGAGAGAAGGUUGUCUACCUGAUCUUCUUCCACCUCUCUUUCAUCAUGUUUGUAUGGUCUUACUGGAAGACCAUCUUCACUCAGCCUGCCAACCCCUCCAAAGAGUUCUGCCUUCCCAAGGCUGAGAAGGAGCGUUAUGAGAAGGAAGAGAGGCCAGAGUCCCAGCAAGAGAUCCUAUGGAGAGCCGCCACCAGUGUGCCUCUGUACACCCGCACAGGAGCCGGAGCAAUCCGUUACUGUGACCGCUGUCAAGUUAUCAAACCAGACCGGUGUCAUCACUGCUCCGCGUGCGAUAUGUGUGUGCUGAAAAUGGAUCACCAUUGUCCCUGGGUGAACAACUGCGUCGGAUUCUCCAACUACAAGUUUUUCAUCCUCUUCCUGGCUUACUCGCUGGUGUACUGUUUGUUCAUUGCAGCCACCGUUCUGCAAUAUUUCAUAAAGUUCUGGACAAAUGAGCUGCCAGACACUCACGCCAAAUUCCAUGUCUUGUUUCUCUUUUUUGUGGCGGCCAUGUUCUGCAUCAGUAUUCUCUCCCUCUUCAGCUACCACCUGUGGCUUGUAGGGAAGAACAGGUCCACUAUAGAGGCGUUCAGAGCACCGGUCUUUAGGACAGGCUCUGAUAAGAACGGCUUCUCUCUGGGUUUCCGGAAGAACAUCGCUCAGGUCUUUGGAGACCAGAAGAAGUACUGGCUGCUGCCCGUCUUCACCAGUCAGGGAGAUGGUCUGACGUUCCCCACACGGCUGGUCAACGUUGAUGUAGAGCAGGCCACGGUGACCCUGCAGCCUGAGCCCAAUAAAAGUGCUGCUGAUGUUCCUGUGAGCCCCGUCAGCGAGUCACAGGAUCACCUCCUGAGCAAUGACCAGCAUGCCAACAACAUCGGAGACCAUCAGGCUAAUAACACCCUUAAAUCAGCUGAAAGUGAAACUAUUACAAUCUCCAUGGAGAGCGAGUCCUAACCAGGAGAAACUCCUCAGUCAUCUAAUACGAUGCCUUAAGCAACUCAACAGUUAAGUUUGUCACCAUGGCAACAGUCUCCCAGCGCAACCCCAUCCCUACAGACCCAUUCAGAGUAACUAUGGAAAUGCAUUUAUUUUUGCCUAUCACAGCACAGUAAUGCAUUUAUGGCAUUGGCAUUUUGGCAUGCAGUGUCAUAAGCAAAUCUCACACCUGCGCCCACAAGACAUGUGAUACAAGCCCUCACACACACACACACACACACACACACACAACCACAUUAACACUCAGCAUUCAUCAACAUUCAGCUGUAUACAUAUUUGUUUGUGUUGUUUUGUUUUUUAACAAGUGGAGCAUUUCUUGCUGGUGAAAAAAAAAUUCAAGAAUCCUGGAAGAAAUAUGACCUACUUUUAGUGUUCAAAUGAGAAAACAUUUGGUGCCAAAAGCUUCCAGUGUGCACUUGGACUCAUUUUAUAAGCUGCAGUGAAGAGUGGGGGACAAGCUGGAGCAGUGUGUUUUGAGCAUUUUUUAUUUUUUAGAAAGGCAGUACAUCCUGAGGAGAUGGAUCAGUUUACCUGUGUGACAGCUUUUUUUUUUUUUGUCUUUAAUUUUUAACUCGCAAUCUUGGAGCGUAUCUGUGGUCCGCAACUUCUUGAGAUGGAUGUUUCCCACCGAAAAACCUGGACUAUCUUACAGAGGACUCUUCUGCGUGGUUUAGCGGACUGCAACCAGUGCACAACAGGGAAGACUGUAGCAGGGUUUUGGAUUGCAUUUUGGAUAUCAGAGCACAAGGUGGCACAUUUGCACUUUGUAGAUUAUCAAUGUCCAUCAAACAACGUGCUGCUUUUUUUUUUUUUUUUUGGUAAUCAUACCCCAGAAAGCAUCCCAGGUUUAACGGAUGUUGAAUGAUCAUGUGAUUUAUGGCGUAUUGUUUGUGUGUGAAUGUGUGUAACAGUUGAAGUGGCAGUCUUUUCUUUUUUUUUUUUAAAGAACUAACAACUAAAAGAAUCAGCUUGAUGUGUUUUUUGUGGCCAACACAUGUUAAAAAAUGCUGCUUUUAAAUGGACGGUUUGAUCUGGGAGAUGCAUUUCAAACAGUGCAAUGUACAGCGUCCGUCACUACGAGUUCUUUUAGAGUCAUAUGUCGAUCCGUGAUUCUUAGCCUGCGAUGUCAGCCUGUUUUUCUACAGCUUAGUGCUUCAGCCUUUGCUCAGACACCAACACUCAUUGCCAAAAAAGGGCUGACCUGUCAGGAGCUCUGACCUCUGAAGUGUUUACAACAUCCUAGCUUUAUCUAAACCUCACUGGCUCAAUGUCAUCAUGACCAAAUUCUAUUUAACAGUCGUUGUGGCGCAAUAUUUUCUAUAAGGUUGUGUGUCCCUCCUGCCUGUAGCAGGUCAUGAUGUCCUUGCAAUACCAGUGCUGGCCGGCAGGAGGCGACACAGCUCCUGUUAUCUGCCCUCAUUCAGACAGAGAUUUUUCUGAACUUUAUCAACACAUGGCUCAGGGCUCAAUUCACUUUCAGUCUAAUUUGCAGGUGCAGCUUUCUUCAGAAUUAAAUCUUAUCACAACAUGCAAUUAAUAUGCAUUACUUUCCUAUAAUAACCAGAUUUUAUUUGAAACGAAAGUGAAUUGAACCCAUAAUGUGAAAUCGAGGUGUCGACUACAGCUUCUAGUCACUUUGUGUACUCUGUCUGUACGUGGGAUUCAGCUCAGUGUCGUGACCUUGAACUGUUAAAGGAGCCUCAGCUUGUGUAACAGUGAACUGUCUUGUGUCAGUGUUCAACAUCUGGGAUGUGACAGUGGCUCAGAGGGGCGAACAAAAUCUGUAUCUCAAUUAGAUUUCAUGACGCGUGCACACAUGUGGGUACGUUAAGGAAUGGACAAUUUCGGCAGCAUAACCAAAUAACAGCUGUUCAGGAUUGGGUUCUGUUUUUUGAGGGAUUUUGUUACCUAUAUGCAACUUUCCGAUUGGAGGGAGACCCAGCAAAUGAUGUCUGUCAUCGCUCACGUCUGUGUCUGAUCACAUCCCUGACUGUCGCUGGAAGAGCCUCCUACUAACUAGAUCCCACCCGACUGUAGUGAUGUAAAAGUUUACAGCUGUUUCUGUCGUGUGGAGUGAGCUAGUGGUGUCGUACGGUGUGUUUGUCGGUAAUCAUUGUGCUGAAUGUGCUACAGACCGGACAGUGGGGGGAUCUGAACGAAUGAUGGAGCGUUAAAAGCCUGUUUUCUGGACUUUAUGUUUACGUUUUGUCCUUCCAAUCAUGUUUGAUCUUUUGAGCCCAAGUGUAUUUAUAAGAACUCUUUACAAACAGGUGAUUGGGGGACAUUUGUUCAUGUAUGGAUUAUGCUCAUGCUGGCUAAGUAUCAGAAUCACACUGUGGUUUGAUCUCAAUUUAACAGAUUGAAUUACUGUCAGAGAUCAUGAUCUAAGCCAAUGUUAUGUUCAGAUCAUGUGAUCUUUUUUAACCUCACACUUAAACAUUUAAUUAAAAAAAAAAAGACAAAAAUAUUUCUGUAUCACCUUUGUGGAGCCUGGCUCGUUCACCCUCGUUACCUGUGGCCACUGAUUCUGAAACAUUGGACCUGUCGUCUUGUUGUUUUACAAAUUGCCUAUAUUCUCUCUCUGGGCUGUUUGGCCUUGAGACUAAAGUGCGCGUGUGUAUUUUGUAAUGCUUAAUUGAGUGUUCUUUUGUAAUAUCGUCGUCUUGGGAGAAAUGCUUCUGUGCAGCCAUGAGAUUUUUACAUGUCUGUGUACAUACAUAACGUCUCACUAAUGCUCAAAAGCAUGGCGCCUAACUUGUGUAAAAAUGUGUUUUACCAUGAUAACGGGGAUUAUGGUGUUAAAUCAGACAUUGGGGUUUUUUCAAUUAUUUCAAGGUGCGUCGUAUUUUAAAGGAAGACUUCACCCUUCAAAUGAUACUUUGUAUAUCACUUACUCACCCCGUGUUAUGUUGAGCUCAUGAAGAAAACGUUUUUGUUUUUUUUUUCUACAUGUUUCCACAGUGGACAAAGAAUCCAAAAACAGAAAAUUAUUGAUGGAUUGGAGUAAAAGGGGCUUACGUUAAACCACAGCAAAAAUAUAUCAAUACAUCCAAUUACAAACUCAUGCAGUAAAAUCCAAAUCUCAUUUAUUCGGUCGUCUGCUCAGUACUUUUCAUGCAUUUUUGCUAAAACCAUUCAGCCAAGGCACGCUACUUGUCUGUAAGUGAGACUGUCUAUUAGGGAGUGUUUUGGAUAGUUACGUUUUAGCACAAAUGCGUGUUUUUUAAAAGUGCUGAGCAUACAACUAGAUACAUAAGAUUUAGAUAAUCCUGCAUGAGUUGUAUGAGAGUUGGUAAAAGGAUGUUAAGGUUUUGCUGUUUUUAAAUAUGGCCCUUUUUUACUUAAAUUCAUUAAAAAAAAGUUCACCACUUUUGGAUUCUUAUGCGAGAAAAGUUUUCCUUACAAAUUCCAUAUAGAAAACGUGCUAAAUAAUUGAUAUACAAAUGGUCAUUUAGGGGGUGAAGUAUUCAUUUAAUUAGCUUUACUCUGGUCUGUCUCAACCUUAUAAAUGAAGCCAUAAAAACUGCUGUGAAAACGGAGGAAGGAAUUUGAAAAUUUCAGUCUAAUUUCAGCUAAUUUUUUUAAAGACUAUAAACAUCUUGCAUCUGUACUCACUUUGCAGAUGUAGCCUCAUCAUAACUUGCUUAUUGCGACAUUUUGGUUUCUUUUUGUUACAAUGUCCUAUUUUACAAUGUGUGUAUAUAUAUAUAUUGAUAAUGUAAGAAAAAGACUACAUAUAUAUUUUUCUUGUCUGAUUAAUUUUACUGUUCCUAUUUUGUGAAUGAAGUACAUGCCUCUACACAAUUAACGUGAAAAUAACAAUAAAUGUUUUUUUAAACC